AUGAGAUGGGCAGGAUAUAUCACAAGAAAAGAAGACAUCUCUUUACGAAAGACAGUACUGGAGAUGGAGAACAACCCAGAAGGAAGAAGACCCUAUGGUAGACCGAUAAGAAAUCUGGGAAGAAGAAGGAUGCAAGAUGCAGAGAUGUAUGAAGGCAGUCUGUUGGGAGGCCAAGUACCAUUUAGGGGAUUCAGUGGCGGCAAACCAAGAGGCACACUAGGCACGUGCCAAGGGGCGCCCGCCGUUGAGGGGCGCUUGGUCGCGGCAGGUAACGGGCGGCAGGUGGCGGGUGGCGGGUCAGCGGGCAACGGGCGGCAGGUGGCGGGUGGCGGGUCAGCGGGCAACGGGCGGCAGGUGGCGGGUGGCGGGUCAGCGGGCAACGGGCGGCAGGUGGCGGGUGGCGGGUCAGCGGGCAACGGGCGGCAGGUGGCGGGUGGCGGGUCUGCGGGCAACGGGCGGCGGGCGCGAGGCAUGAAAACAAAGGCGUGA